AAGGAAAUUGGAACUCAAGUUUCAUACUUUACUUUAAUAAGUUUACGAAUGUCAACAUGGUUCGACAAACGGCCAAGAGCUGAUCUUUUGAGGACCCGGAUCCUUUCUGUCAUCCUCAGCGUAUCGAUUUCUUAUUCCCUUGAGGCUUCCUUCCUCGGCCGAGUGGUUCCGAGAAGCGCAGACUGGCGCUGGCUCAGCCUCAGGGAGCCUCGGGCGAGGGAGCUGUCCUUAGAACCUCGUGACAUUUAUUUCUCAAAGAGACAAAGGCAUUCUGGGUUGCUAGAGUUGGAGACUACAAAGUGUGUAAUUGUGGACAGUGGACCUGAUACAUUUCUUCAGAUGCCAGCACAUUAUAAAGGAUUGCUGUCUUUGUGUAAUGCUUAAUGUUACCAACUGUCAAGGUUAUAAUACCAAGAAAUGUAUUGUUUUGAAAGGUAGCAGUAGAUGACUUGGUUGAUGGAAUUUUGGUUUGGAAAAUUAUGGAGCGAGAAAGAGAGGUAGUAUUUAAAUAUUGUAAUGAGGAUGCAUUCGGAAAGUAUUUCUUGAUCUGCUUAACACCAGGAAAACUAUCAAAAUAUCAGGUAACUGCUGCUUCAGUUAUACCUUCAGCUCCAAUGACGCACAGCAUAUCAACAAUAUUUCGGCAAAUACUUCCAUACAUGAAUUCAAUUUUAGUUUAAGUUAUGCAUUUUAUUACACUGUCAAUGAAUUAAUAGAAUGAAUUAUGCAAAGACGACAAUAUUUCCUUUCACAGUAAAAAAGAGCAUAAGGAGAAACAUUAUUUUCAGGAAAUCCUGUUGCGAAUCAAUGUCUGAUACAUGUAUGCAGUAUUACAAGUAAUAAAUUACCCACGAGACUUGAGCUGUUGAGAGGAAGCCUGUGUCAUGUGUAGAAAGUUUGAAGUUCUGUUAUAUUUUGAAGAAAGCACAAAUCAUCCAGCAUAAUACUUAUAAGAACACAGAUAAUCAAAGAUGUGUGAGAACUUUUUCGAUAUUGAGAAGCAAAGCCAAAAGAUGUCGCCUACCAUAGCAGAGAACCAGGUGAAGCCUCCCAGAAAAUAUUUUAUGUGCAAAAUUCCACUAUAUCCAAACAUUACAGAGAGACUCUUUGGCCCUUUAAUGAAUAAAUCAGUAAACAUUAAAACAGACAUGUGUGAGAUUAUACUGAAUCCAGAGUGUCAAGAUGAUACUAAUUUGCAAGCAGGCCAGGUGAAAGCAUCAAGAAAAGAAGAACCUGUGACCUGCUUAGAUUGUGGGUCCCAUUUUUUGAAGCAAAAGUAUCUCAAUCAACACGUCAAACUAAACAGAUGUAAGAAAAUUAAAAUGAUUGAAAAAGUUGAAACUGAAUAUAGAUUCAAAGGACCAAGUAGAAAGAGUGUAUUUUGUGUUGAUUGUGGAGCAGCUUUUCUUAAGAAAAAAUACCUUGUCCAGCACCAGAAGAAGAACAGGUGCAACUCAAGGGGAGACCAUAAGAUGAAAAAGCAAAAGAAACAGAACAGGUAUAAAACAGUGGUAAAGAAUGAGACAAAAACAAAAUCUCCUCCAAGAGAGAAAAAAAGGUAUCAUUGCUCAGUUUGUGGAAAAGGCUUCACUUAUCAGAAAAUUUUUGAGAGACACCAAAGUGUGCCUGGUAGUAUCUGCUACAAGACUUCCAUAGUUCUGGAAACCUCAGAAAUAGUUAGUAAAGUGUCUAAAAACAAGGUAUCGAGUGCAGAUUGUGAACGUGUGUCUCCUCACCGUGGAAUAGAAGAAAGAGAUGUUGGGGAUUCAGCAGAGAACCAGGUAUUAAAUAUAGAUUGUGAAAGUGCUUUACUUUGUAGAAGUGCAGAAAGGGAAAAUGAUUCUGAAACCAAAAAGAGGAGCUAUCGUUGCUCUGUAUGUGAAAGAGACUUCUCUUAUUGUAAAAAUCUCGAGAGGCACCAGAGUGUGCAGGGUAGUGCUUGUUAUAAACCUUCCAAAGAUGAGGAGCCCCCAGAAAAAGAGAGUAAAUUUGUUAUGAACAAGAACGUAAAUGUAGAGAAAAUUGGUGGUAAAAAAACAUUACAUUGUGAACUUAAUUCAACUGAUCUCAAGUCUCAGCUUAGCUUGAUCAGACAUGUAGAUCUCCAGCUGUUCAAAAGUAGGUUACGUCAAGAAUCCCCACUGGAAGGAAAACCUUACAGAUGCCUAAUAUGUAAGACAGGAUAUAUAUACAAAAAGAAUCUUGUGAGACACAUAAGGCGAAGCAAAUGUUACAGCGUCUAUUGGAAUAACAUUGCACAAGAUAUGUCAGAUGACGUGUUGAGAAAUAAAUCACCUGAAAGGAGAAGAAGUUAUCUUCUGCAUCAGUGUUUGUUCGAGAGUAAGUCAAGGAAAACUCCAGAUCAGCUUGGGGUCAGGAAACUUCAUAAAUGUCACUUUUGCAAUAGAGGGUUUUCUUCAAUAUCAAAUCUUAAUAAGCACUGUAGGUUAAAAAGGUGUAAGUUCGAACUGAAUUGGGAAGCUCUUGAUCAGCCUCAAAAAGUAAGAGUUAGCUGCAUGGACUGUGGAGCUCUGUUCCGUAAGCGAAAGUACCUUCUACGACACAAAAGCUUGAAAAGAUGUAAAAAGGCAAAACUUCUUGCACGAAAUACACUGCAUGUUCAGGGGGUCAGUCAAAAGGUUCAAGAAGAAUCUGUCUCACUGAACAAGGUAAAAGAGGAAACUAAUGAUGCAAGUGAAUUUUGCAUCUUUGAGCCAAAUGUUGAGUUAGAAUAUGAGACACCAAAUCAGUUGGAAGAUGUAAUAAAGAAAGAGACUGAAGAACUGCUGAUGUCCACGUCACACGAACAAUUGGAAUUCAUAGUAAAAGAAGAAGUUGAUGAAUUCCAAGAGCCCAAUUUGGAGAUUCAGGAGGAAGAACGCUGUAAGAUCCUGUCUGAUGAACCAUAUAUCCAAGGAGAUAUGAUCAAAGAAGAAACUGACAAGGUGCUUGCAUCUCCUUCGCUAGAUCAAGCCUACGAAACGAAUUCGGGAUCUCUUGGUAGGACAGUGGAAAAAGAAUAUGAUGUUACAUGUAAGUGUGACCCAUCAAAUCAAACUCAGAAUGUACAAGAUGAAGUCUCCAGGGUGCACAAGCGUAAAAGGAGAAAGGUUAAUAAAACUUCAUGCUGUACUACAUUCCUGCAAACUUGUAAAGGGGUUACAGCAAAUGAGAGGAAUUCUGCAGCAGAUAGAGUACAAGAAUGUAAUUUGUCAGUUGAGGGAUUGCAAGCUGAUAAUUCAGGGGUGCCCCAGUUGGUAAUGAGUGGUAGGCUGAGAGGAAUAAAUAACACAAAGCUUAGUUUGAAGAAGCCAGGGAGAAAAGUGAAGAAACGAAAACCACGAUCAUGUCAUCAGUGUGGACAGAGCUUUGUGUCUACAUCCAAUCUAAAUAAACAUUUCAGGCUGAAUAGAUGCAAACCUAAAAUUGUUGGAUCUGAGCAUCAUUUAGUGAAAGGCACAAUGCAGGACGAACGGGUUGUUUGUGGUGAUUGUGGGGCGCAGUAUCUAAAACUGAAAUAUUUCGUUCAGCACAAGAAACUAAAUAGAUGUAAUGUAUUACGUCGACAGAACUGUUUCACUUCAGAAGGAGCAGAGUUGAAAGAUUCCUUAAGUGAUUCUGUUGAUUGCCUUUCAUCAGAAGUAGCUCCUGAGAGAGAAAGUCGUCAAUUUUCUUGUAAAAGUAGCAGCAGCAGCACUGGUGAUCAACUUGAGUCUGAUUCAUUAAAUACAGACCUGGAGGGUAAAUGUGGUAUGCUGAAUACACCAGUAGUUAUUGAAAAGCAAGAAACCACUAAAGUCAUUAACAUUUUACCAGAUGAGGUUUUGGAUGAAAGUUGUGCUAAGUGUGAUGAUGUUGCUAAAGAUAAAGCAGUUGAAGUGAAUGCCAGUAAUCCAUCAAAUAUGAGCAACAAACUGGAUCACUCACUAGUAGGCAGAGAAGCUGAAAUCAUCCACAAAGGAAAUAAUCCUUCUCGUCCCUCCCAAUCAAAAACUUUGAAGAUUACAAAGAAAGGAGUUAUGAGUCGAGCAUAUAAGCCAAAAGGUUGCAUGAGCCAAGCAUUAGAACUCGGAAGCGGUGUGGAUCAGAAUCAAGAGCCAAAAGAUGACAGAAACCAAGCACGUGAACCAAAUGUUAAUAUGAGUUGGACAAAGGUUGAUACCAGUCAAGGACAUGAGCCCAAAGGUUAUAGGAGUCAAACACUCAUGGCAGAAAGUGAUCCAUGUCAGUCGUAUGAGCCAAAAGGUGUUAUAAAACAAGAGUGUGAGCUCAAAGAUGGCACAAAUCAAUUGUGUGGGAGUAAGGUUAACAAGAAUCAAACACAUGAAUCUGGUCAGGGUGAUCAGGUUAUGGCUGACUGCACAGGAGCAGACACUUCCAAAGAGUCCAAAAAAACUGGGAAUAUUGGUAAAUUAAAUGCAUAUGAUCUCGGUAAACACAAAAAUAUUCAUUCUAAAAAAUCCUCCAAUGAAAAGAUAGGCAGCAGAGCAUCACGAAACUGUGAACUUUGUGGGAACGACUUCUAUUGUAAAUCAGAACUCACCAGACACUACAAACUUAAUAGGUGUAAGAUAUUGAAAAACAAUGUAUGUAAAGAAGGUUGUGCUUCAUUUGAGAUUCGAGAAAAUGGUGAAAAGUAUCAGCAUGGCUCAUCAGGUCAAACUCAGAAUGUACAAGAUGGUGUCUCCAGGAGGGAUGGAAGUGAAACGAUAAAGGUUGAUAAACAGGCUGAAGAUAGAUUACAAGAAUGUUUGGAAUCAAAUCUAAAAGUGCUGACUGACAAUUCAGGGAAGCCCCAGUCAGCAGUAAGUGUAAUAAAUAGUGCAGAGCUUACGUUGGCCAAGUUAGGGAAAAAAGUGAAAAAACAAAUACCACAAUCUUGUCGUCACUGUGGAAAGAGCUUUGUGUCUACAUCCAAUUUAAAUAAACAUUACAGGCUGAAUAGGUGUAAACCAAAUGUUAUUAGAGCUAAACAGUUAUUUGGAGGUAUAAUACAGGAAAAACCUAUUGUCUGUGGUGAUUGUGGUGGGCAGUACCUGAAAAAAAAGUAUUACUUGCAGCACAAGAAACUAAAGAGAUGUAACGUGACUCAUCAGCUGAAGAGUUUGGCCCUGCCAGGAGAAGCAGUAGAGUUGCAAGAUGCCUUGGGUAGGACACGUGAUUCUGUUUCGUUAGGAGAAAGUCAUGAGACAAAAAGUAAUGUGCUAUUUUGCAAAAGUAGGAGCAGAACUGAUGAACAGCAUGAAUCUGAUUCAGUAUAUAAACAUCUUCAAAAUAGAAAUGGUUUACUGAAGAGACCAUUUGAUACUGAAGAGCGAGAAAGCACUGAAGUCAAUAACACUUUAUUAGAUGAGGUUAUGGAUAGAAGUCAUGAGAAGUGUGAUGAUGUGAAUAAAAAUAAAGCAGUUGAAAUGAAUGCCGUCAAUCCAUUGGAUGAAAGCAACAAGUUGAAGCACUCACUAGUGGAGAGAGGUGCUGAACUCCUUCACAAAGAAGAUACAAAUUCCACUCAUCCCUCUUGUCCCUCCCAUGAAGUGACCUACAGUUUAUCAGCAACUUGUAAGAUUACAAGGAAAGGAUUUGUGAGUCAAUCAUGUGAAAUGGAAGGUCAAAUGAAUAAAGAAAAUAACCUAGAAGGCAUUAGCAGUCAAACAUAUGAGCCGGAAUGUGAUAUAGGUCAAGCAUAUGAGUCUGACAUUAAAAUGAGCUUGGCAAAAGGUGGUAAGAAUCAUGCACAUAAGCCAAAAUGUGAUGAUAGUCAGGUAAAAAAGCCAAAAUGUUUUAGGAAUCAAACAUGCAUCCUAGAGGCAAAAGGUAAUGAGGGUCAAGUCUGUGAGUUUAAAGAUUCUACAAGUUGUGACUGCAAGCCAAAAACUUGUAUGUGUCUUACACAUGAACCUGUUCAUUUUGAUCAAGUUGAGGUAAACCAUGCUAGAGCACAGACAUUUAGAGAUUCUGUAAUGCAAGAAACCCAGAAUGCUUGCGAUGCCUCUGCAACUGAUGUAGGUAAAUUAAAACAACUUCGCUUGAAAAAAACUGUUGAUGAAAAUGAAGAGAGUGAAGCAUCACUACAUUGUGAACUCUGUGGGAAACGCUUCUUUUGUAAAUCAAAUCUCAGCAAACACUACAAGCUCAAUAGGUGUAAGAUGACGUUAUUACGCCCUCAGUUACUACGCCACGUACGUAAAAAAGGUUGGACAUCGUUUGAGAGUCUAGAAAACACGCAUCCAGAUGAAAGUGUGAUUUGUGCAGACUGUGGGGUUCGCUUUCUUAGGAAGAAAUAUCUAAUUCAACACAAGAAACUAAAUAGAUGUAAAAUGUUUUAUAAUCCUGAAUCUAUGAAGGAGAAUUCAUUUACAACCAGCCAUAAUUCUAGUACUAAGAAAAACAAGGAAGCUUCAGAUAAGGAGAACAAAAGUAGCAGUGACUGUAAUACAUGUUUGCAUGAAGAAAGAUAUCUUGUGGGAUGCAGCAGUCACAAUGAAUAUUGUUCUGUACUGAAGAACCUAGACCACCAAGGAGAUCAUGUUCUCCUGAAGAAUGACCACAGGGGAAUUCACUGCAAGGCAGAGGACAACAGUAUAAGUCCAAAACACCAGGAAUGUGAAAUGAAUUCUGGUGACAAAUGUAGUCUACAAAACCAACAAAAAGGCCCGGAUUCUUCAUACCUGUUUAAAAAAAGACACCUCAAUGAAAAUGUGACAUGUGCAGAUUGUGGCACACGCUUCCUGAAAAAGAAGUAUCUUAUUCAACACAAAAAGUUAAAUAGAUGUAAAUUUUUACUAAGCCAUAUAGAUGAGCAGAAUUCAUUGUCAGUUGAGCUAGAUUGCAUGAUGAAAAAUGCCUCUAAUUCAGGCAAUGUUGAUAAAUCAUUCCAAACCUUUCUUGAAAAAGAAAAAAACUGCAUAGAAGACACAUCUUUCUCCAUUUGGACACAUGAAAAUAAGUUAGGAAUCUUUGGGGAAAAACCUUAUAAAUGUCAGUCGUGUGGGAGAGGUUUCUUUUAUAAGAAAAAUCUGUAUCGACACUUAAGGCUUAGAAGAUGUAAAUUAGCUUGUAAAUGUCCAUUUUGUGGUGUGCAUUUCUUCCACAAAAAGGUGAUGCCCGAUCACUUGAAUUAUGAGCUAACUCAAAAUGUCCAAAGCUCACAGUAUUCUCAAAAUGACAGCAGAAGUGAGACAUUAGAAGACUUAUGUUGUCAUAAGUGCAGACAGACUUCUUGUAAUAAGGAAGAAGAUUCCUUGCCUCUAAAUCUAAUCACUGAUUAUAAAAAGGAAAUGACCAUUGUUGACAUCGAGACACAAAACAAAAACACAUGUGUAGAUGAACUGAGAAUAUCAGUUGAAAAUGAGAAUCCUACACUUCUUCCCGAAUGUAAGAAGAAUUUUCCAUCCAUAUCUGAGCAAAAUCUUCAAGUGAAAGAACAUUCAACUAAGAGAAUAUUGAAGUGUUCAGUGUGUGAUGUGGAGUUUUCCAGUACUUUUGUACAUGACUGCCACAUGAAGAUCUGCCAUUCUGAUAGAGACUGCUCUUGCAUUACUUGUAAUAAGGAUUUGAAAGGUUACGACGACUUCGAUUUAUUCUUGCCCGAGCAUAAAAAUGGUAAAUCAUAUGAAUGCCCUUUGUGUGACAAGAAAUUCCUCAGAUACCGUAAUAUGCUAAGGCACGUAAAAGUACACCUGCAGAGAUGCACCAAGAAUGAUUUUCAUGACAAGGGGUCAGAAAUCUAAUGCUAACCACAUCAGAGGCAGAGAUCCUUCUUUGUCCUCAUGCUCUGUAGGUGGCAAGAAUCUUAUAGUAUGUCAAGUGAAAAGUGAGUACUACGUAUCAUAGAGUUAGUAGGUCACUUUCAGUUGUAAGCAGCGGAAGCAAAAAUGGUUGUUCAUGUUGAAGAGCAUGGCAAGCAGUUUCAUUAGAUUGUCUUCUGUAUAUGUGCCUGCAAGAAUAAGCAUAAAAAACAGACAGUGAAAUUGUCAGUUUCUACUGAUGCAAGCGUUUCAGAAUUGAAAGCCUUUUUUUGGUGAUUCAUCUUCUUUCAGUUUAAUCAUUGAACAAGAUAAACUUUUUAGAGCUUUCCUAAUACUGGAUUAUAUGAAAAGGAUCUUCCUUACACUUGAGUUAAGCCGUACAGCAGUAAUAUGCAGAGAACCAAAAUAGCCUUGGUAAUUCAACAGAAUUGAUUUAAAUACUGUGGGAAAUCACCAACCAUCAUCCAGUUAGUGCUCACAGUGCUCAAGAAAAAAGAAAAAAAUAUUUCACUGAUGCAAAAGGAAGAUAUUGUACAAUAAUUUUACCAAGAAGUAAUGUGGAAAAGAUAGAAUCUACUUGAAAGUACAUACAAGAUGACUUCCAUUUUGCUUUUGCAACUCAGCCAAAGAUGGAAAUUACACGCUAAGGUAUUGACAAUUAGCAUAAUAUUGUAGGAUAACUUUGUAUUCCCUUGAUUUUUAUAUGAAAAGAAGUUUUACAGCUAAGUGGGAAGAAACCACAGGGAUGCUAUAAAGAACUCAUUAUUGGUAAUAGUAUACCACUGCGUAAGUCACCCCAUAAAUGGUAACCCUUGUAGAAAGAGUACUUGUGGUACUCCCUUUCAUCAAAGUCUGGUACACACAACUUUUUUUCAUAUAAAAAUCAUUCUAGUCAGUCAUAUGAAAGCCUAGAAUGUGAUGCAGUUCUGUUAAAAACCUCUUUGUAAUAAAAUCAGAACUAUGUAAUGCAUUCUUGUGUUAUCUUUGUUUAAGUGAAUUUUCACUCAGUCUUUCAUUUAAUUCACUCUGUAAGUUUGUUAUGUAGUUUUUAAUUUUAAAAUUGCAUUAUUAUAACUUGAUCAUGUGAUAUUUUUGUUGUGUUAGCCUUGUGUUGGGUUAACAGUUAUAAAUGCUGUGAUUUUAUUUGAUUUAUUGAACUAUUUGCUAUUAUUUAUAAACAAAUUUCACCAGCAAAUGAUCUUCCAUCAUUGGUCCAUUGUAUUAAUGGUGUAGUACAAACUCGGUAGUAUUUUGUCAUCCUGUAUAUUUUUGCACUGCUUUUGACUUGGAAUGUGGGAAAAAGUUGUCAUGAACUUUUGGUAAGAUUUUUGAUGACAACUUAUCACAUCAUUACUUAAGUAUUUAUUUUGGUUUGUAUGUGGAUUAAAAUUGUCAUAUGGAAUUGUGAACAGUAUGAGUGGUGUGGGAUUUAGGAAGUGUAUUCCAAAGAGUAGAAAGCACUAAAGAAUCAGCUAAGGUUCAAGUUGUAGUCAGUUGUCCAUCAACCAGUUCAUCUUUGUUAAUGCCACAGUCUUGUUAUAACACCUGACAGUGAGACCAUUGUCACCACCAAUCUAAAAUACUUUAUAAUAACGGUUAUCACAGAUGCAUUAGACUUAUUGGUAAUUGGUGCGCCUCGAUAGCAUGUGAACUGCAAGGCGCUCUAGCUCGAAUUUCAUCAAUUACUUAUCAUAUGAAAACUAAGAUGAGUUACCUAGUAGCAAGGCCAGGUAGGGGUGUAUAACCAAGUAAGUUAACCUAGGGCUUUGCUGUGGUGCCCAAUGAUCAAGAAAUGAGGGAAAUUAGUAGCGGUAUCUACAGAUUUUCCCUUCAUCAGCAGAUGAUAACUUGCUAAGAAUAUUGUAAUUGUGCAAGCAUUUGAUCCAGUGAAUGACAGUUUAUCGUAGUUUAACCACAGACAAGGGUGUAAUGUAGGUUAGCCAAAGGCAAAGGAUGGAGCCAAUCAGUUUUAGAAGGGUCUAGCGGCAACUCAUCUGGUAUUAGAUUACAACACUGAAAUAAGAUGCCUAUGUGCCAAGCAACAGCAGAAUCUUCAAGCAGCACAGCUAAUGUCAGACAAUAGUCAGCUAAGGAUAAUGAACCUUCGUAAUAGGCUACAACACCAUGCUUUUUCAGCUGCACAUCCUGGUUUUGUCAUUAAGACAAAACAGCAUCAGCAUUCUAUUCCUGUGACAACAGACAUUGGUCACAACAGAAGAAACAUCAGUAAACCAAAGGAAGGCAUUAGCCACUUGGCAUCUUUUUGAGAUUACCAAUAUCUUUUUGACCAGUUUCGUACUAAGUACACCAGCUGACCAAGUUCAGUUCAGCCUGCCAUGGUUGCUUUUAAAUGGCAAGUGAUCAAGAGUCAAGACACAUCAUUACCAAGACAAAAGAAGCAAAAUUGCAUUAGUAACACAUUUGAUUUUGUCACUUGCCAUGUAAAGGAAGUGAUCUCAUGAUGUUUGGGAAUACCACUGUGUUGAAAUUUGAUCCAAAUCAGCAAUAAAGGAAACUUCAUAUAUCUACAAAGCCUUGAAUAAUGCCUUUCCUCAUGGACUGGAGUUAACAGUCAUACCUUUUAUAUAAAUAUUUUGUCAGUGUAUUGAGCUAUUGUUUUGCAUUCCUGCCAUCUAAUCUUUUUACACUUCCCCUGCUUCAGUUCAUGUCCCUUAUUUAUUUAAGAAUAAAUCCUAUGGGCUAACAUGCCUAUAGCAAUAACACAACCAGAGACCCAAAGUUUCCCUACGAAAUUGCCUAGGAUAUGCUGCCAUAUUUUGGUAUGAAAUUAAAGAAAAUGCUACAGGUGCACCAGUUAGUAUUCAUCCUAAACAAUUCUCAUGCUGUGAGACAAAUACAAAUAUCCAAGACAAUUUCCUUCUAAAGUAACCAAGACAGUCGCACUGUACACACUCUUAUUACGUACUUUUCUUGUGCUGUGGCCAAAAAUUGGCAAUUCAGUUUGUAAUGACCUGAAAAACUAGUGAAUUUUUUUGUCAGUAUGAACAACACCAAAGAAAGGAUGGAUUAACACUCACUGGUGUUAGUCGUGGAGAAGUUGUUAUACGUAGUAUUCUUCUUGUAGUUUUCAGGGCCAAAUCCUUUUCAGUGCUUGUUUCUGCAAUUAGCUGGGCCAUAAGAUGUUCCAGACCAAUAAGGUUCAGUAUGUAUUGCCACAUGAACUUACUUUGUAACUCCACCUCCACCACCUUAUCAGGGUGACACUCUUGGAGUACACUGAAAUGUUUUGCCCCACCAGGCCAGCAUGAUAAAUUCAACCAACAGCCAAGGAAUCAGCAGUUCUAUUUCUUGAGUGUCCUGUUUCUCAGUCAACAGUUGCCUUGUACAGCAACGAUUUGUUGAGAAGUUUGGAUUUGAAUUUCAAAAAUAUUGCUGCAUGUACUUUACAAAAAUUUCCUCUUCCUCCAUAACUUGAAGCAAGCUUUAUGUACCUCAGAACUGUGCCAAGGAAUAUAUUUUGAUGGAUAAUACUUGUUGUAUACUACUACAUAUAGUAAUUUAGUUUUGAAUUAUGAUACUGUAUCUACUUUUUGAGAAACAAAACAUUGCCUAGUACGUAUAGUAUGUAUUUUGAAAAGUUUGCAAGUACAGUACGUACUUAACUUGAGAGGUAGGUUUCAUGCAUUAGCUACAAACCAAUAACUAGAACAUUGUUAUAAAUGAAAAUUGAAAUUUAGUAUAGUGAAAAGUUUCCAUAAAUCUGUAAUUUUUUUUGGAACCACAUUUACCUGUGUAUAAUCCAUCAAAUGAAUUUACAAGGGUUGAGGGGACCCUUUAGUAUUGCUAUUACCAGUAGUUCAUUACCCCUCUGAGUAGGUAUGUGUGAUAAUUACUUGAAUGAAUGCAGUUGAACACUUGAGUGAACUAGUGUAUGUACAUACUGUACUGAUUAUUAUCCGCACAAUAUUGUCUAGUUUUGUAUUCCAUAAAUGUAAAUUUUAUCCCAUUAGCAACAAGUACUACACGUGGUUCUCUCAUUGCAAUGAAUUGUGGAGAUUUUUUUAUACAUUUGUAAGAUGCAUAAAAUUGUGUCAUUCUUGGAGUGUAUUUUGUAUUUUCACCCAUAAAUGUAUCAUUUUCCUUUGUGUUUUUGUCAUAAAGCAAAUGUAAACUUUGUCCCAUUAGAAACAUGUACAUGUGGUUCUCUCAUUGCAAUGAAUUGUGGAGAUUUUUUUUAUACAUUUGUAAGAAGCAUAAAAUUGUCAUUCUUGGAGUGUAUUUUGUAUUUUCACCCAUAAAUGUAUCAUUUCCCUUUGUGUUUUUGUCAUAAAGCAGAGUUGUGCAAUUUUUUUUUUUUACAUUGAUAUGCAAGGGUCUUUUUACACUCCGAUUAAAUUAUUUUCAAAGCUCA